AUGGCUGGGAACGUUGUCACGUGUGAGAUGGUGGAAGAGCUGCUGCUCUCAGGAGCUGAUAUCAUUAAGGUAGGAAUCGGUCCCGGAUCAGUCUGCACAACCCGGAAGAAGGCAGGAGUCGGUUAUCCACAACUGAGCGCGGUUCUGGAAUGUGCAGACGCUGCCCAUGGCCUUGGUGGACAUGUGAUGAGCGACGGUGGAUGCACAAAUCCUGGCGAUGUGGCAAAAGCAUUCGGAGCAGGAGCCGAUUUCGUUAUGAUUGGCGGAUUACUUGCUGGUCAUGAUCAAAGCGGUGGUGAGAUCAUCGAGCAAAACGGACGG